GCAGUUGGCGCGCAUCCGGGCUUUCUGUCUCGCGCAUGCGCGGUGGCCUGCGCUGGGGUAGAGGCAGAGUGGAGCAGGGGGUCUCGCGACCCCUUCUCUCCGCUUAUUCUCCUGCGACUGUUCGGCUUAACCCGAAGCGGAUCCGCUGGCCGUUGUAUAUUGUUUACUCGAGGUUUUAAUUUUUUUCUCCUUGUGUUGUCGCCAUGUCGAGGUCGCUAUAAUGGUCGCGAUCGAGAAGACAGGGAGACGGAGCGGCCCCGCUUAUGACGGAGAGCCCCGACGGGAGUCACGUGAUGGAGCGGAGAGCGAGCGCGCGCGCGGGCCACGUGACUCCGGCCCCGCCGUCGCGCGACGCCGUUAGGGAUGCGAAGCCCGAUGCUAAAGCUGGCGGUGGAGGGAGGCUCCGGCAUGGGCGCAAGCGAGAGGUGCCGCAGCCCUUCCCCAAGCCCGAGGUGGUGGCGGGCGCGAACCGCCGCGCCACACCCCAGAAGAACAAGACGUUUGAUAAGAGACCCCCGACUCGCGGCGCUGGGAAACCCGCUGGCACUUUUACUGUUGGUGGAGGACGAGAGGAGGUGAUGUAUGAUCAGCAGACGGAGUUAGCCGACCUGGCACGUGGACGUAAGAAGGUGAACGUGAAUCACCUGUUCAACUUCACGCUGGAGCCGCGCGAGCGAUUCUCUCCGUACCAUCCCAGUACGUGGAGCCGGAAGGGGGGCGCCUGGUGGGGGCAGAAGCAGAAGCCGUUCAACAAGGAGCUGUUCCUGCAGGCCAACUGCCAAUUUGUGGUACUGGAUCAGUGUGAUUAUAGCGUGUAUCUGGCGGACCCCGACACACUGGUCGACUGGGAUUUAGUGCAGCAAGUGCGGCUGCUGAGCCACGGGGUGCUGUCCUGCCCCAUCUGCUUGUACCCACCCACGGCCGCCAGGAUCACGCGCUGCGGCCAUGUCUUUUGCUGGCCCUGCAUCCUGCACUACCUCGCUCUGAGUGACGAGCCCUGGAGGAAAUGCCCCAUCUGCUUUGAGGCCGUGCACAAGAAGCACCUGCGCAGCGUGGUUACGAAAGAGACCCACCAGUUCGCAGUGGGAGACACCGUCACCCUGCAGCUGAUGAAGAGAGAGAAGGGCAGCGCUAUCGCUCUGCCUCGUAGCCAGUGGUUCCAGGUGGACAAGCCUCUGUCAGUUAUCGACGCGCAGAACUCGCACCACUGCAAGCUGCUGCUGGCGAGCCGGGCCGACGUGCAGACGAGCCUCUCCCUCGAGCAGGAGCAACUUCUGCAGCAGCUCCUCGAGGAGAGCGACACCGCCGAGGCCUGCUUCAUACAGGCGGCGCUCAGCGAGCUGCAGAACCAGCUGAAGUGCUUUGAACAUGCAGGUGCAGAUGUGGGUACUACUCUGGAGAUGCAAAACCUGUCUCUUGCCGAAGCUUCAGAGCCAGAUUCUCACGAAGUGAAAGAACCAACAAGUUUGACCAACUGCAACAAACAGGCCGUGCAUAGGUACGCUUCGGCGUUCGACGAAGAGUUUGAGGAGGAGGUCGCCAAAGAGGUCGCCGAGCCAGACGGCGCACAAGAGGAGGAGGUGCAGCUGGAAGGAGCCGCAGGUCUAGCUGCGACUGAGCAGCAGCAGCAAUGCUUGCAGCAAGAGGGGCACGGGUGUGAGAUGCUAGAGGAAGAGGAGGCCAGCUCCCAGAACAACCUACACCACUACUACUACCAAGCGGAGGACGGGCAGCACAUGUACAUGCUGCCCAUGAACCGCCGCUGCCUCCUGCAGGAGCACGGUGGCCCCGAGGGAUGCCCAGACCGCGUCACGGCUCGCAUCAUGGACAUCGAGAGCUUCUCCAUGACCGAGUAUCACCGUAAACGUUACAACUACCUGGACCACUUGCCCCUCACCUGUGAGAUCAGCUUCUGCGAGGUGGUCCUGCACCCUCCCCUGGUCACCCAAGCCACUCUCCAAUACUUCACAGCGGACAUCGAGAGACGCAGGGUCCUGCGGCAGAAGAAAGCGCGUGAUGAGCGCCGCAGGGAGAGAAAAAUCGAAAUGGAAGAGAACAAGAAACAUGGGAUUUAUCCCGGCAUGCGUGUUCCGCUGGAAAACCUCCGCCAGUUUCCAUCGUUUGGCUCGAGUCCCGAGUGUGGCCCGGGCGGCCCCACAGACGACACCGUGGUGAUGGAGAUGAGCUCGCCCGCCGUGCUGCACUCUCCACAGGACAGCAGCAGCAACAGUUCCACUGCAGGGUCAUUCCUGAGCCCGUUGGCACCAGCCUUUGUUCCUGGCAGUCCUUCUGCCGUGGAGAGCAUUGUUGAGGAUGAGUCUCACCUACCUUCCUUUGCACAGAUGCUUAAGGAUGGAAAAGCUAAAUCUGAUGCCUGGCAGAGGAAUGUGGACAAGAGAGCGCCAGCACACGCAGCGGCGGUGGGUUCCGGUGUGGAUAGCGAUGCCGAGAGCGACUCGGAGGGCAUGCCUGUGCCCAGCUUUCAGAACUCGUUCAGCCAGAGCCUGGAGUCUGCACUGCUCACUCUGGAGGCUGCUGCUGUUGAUGAAACCAAGGCAGCGGCAUCAUCAGACUGCCCCGCGCAAGGAAAAGGUGGGAAAAAGAAGAAAAAGCAGAUGAAAUUACUCUUCAGCAGCUCUGUGUUCCAUGGAAAAAUUAAUUGAAAGUGAAUUUAACAAAUGCUUGUUUGUCAACGUGUGCUGCUGCUGCAUAUUACAUAAACAUGGCGACUGGCCUCAUGUGAUAACUUGGUAUGCCCCAGACUACAGACUGGUUGUAGAGGUCUGGCAUUGGUGUGUUUAGAGCAUUACGACAUGUAUUGCAAAGCUUGUAGAGUUUGUAAUGAUGGCGAUUUAAAUCAUCAUCAAAAGUAAUAAAGGUGUUAUUUCAACUUAA